AUCAACAGGUUUGCAUAACCAACUUCCCCCAUUUACAACAAUGGGUUAGUCGAUCACUAAACCCUUAUAAAAGAGGUGCCGGCAAGUUUGUUCUCCACUCUGACAAUCGAAGGGUCCUUGAAAGCUUUUUAAAGUCACCUCAUAGCUUCAAUUUGUUACUUCCAACUCCUAGCCUAAGAAAUUAAGAUGUCUGAAAUCCAAGGAAUUUUGCAGUCAAAUGGGGCUUUCAAGUCGGAGAUGAUGGAGGCUUUUCUCUGCAAUAGGUUAAAUGCAACAACUUUAACCAGUGUUGACAGCGAAGGCAAUCUGAUGACACCGCCAUCCCCGACUACGACAAUCCCGUCAACGACACAGUCGGUCAAUACUAAUAACCAGGCUAUUGACAAUAGACCACAAUUCCAGAACGACAACUUCAACAAAACUACCACUACGGCAUCCGACAACAAUAACAGAAACGGCAAUGGUAAUGGUAAUACGCAGAGUGCUGCGGCAUCUAAUGUAACAGAUCCCAAUGCCAACACAGAAAGUGACGUGUUGUUACUGGAGGUGCAAAAACCAAUCUCAUCAGAAGAGAGACAACUAAUUAAAAACGUCACAGAAGCUAUAGUGUCAAAUCAUUUGGAAACAUGUUUGAAUACAUACCAAAAUGUAGCUGAUGCUGAGAGAAAAAUAGAUGCUAACAUGGCAGCAGGCAAUAUGCCGGAUAUGUCAAAAAUGGCCGGAAAUGCCUCCUGUGUUUGGCAGAAAUUUGUCUCCCAAAUGGUUCCCGAAAUCACGAAAGCUGUGAAAUUCUGCAACCGAUUACCAGGAUUUUCACAAAUUAAACCAGAAGACAAAAUGGUUUUAAUUAAACAAGCAUCAUUUGAAAUUUUAGUCACACGAUUCUGCAUGUUAAUCAACACAGAAACUGGAGAUAUGAUAGAUCCCUCACUUUCAAUCAAAUUUCCCAGACAGGCACUUCAGUCCAUGCCAAUGGGUCAGUUAUUAAUGGAGUUUUAUAAAAUAGCAGAGAAAUUUAAUCCACUAGCAUUAACAGACGGGGAAAUUGGUCUCUUUACAUCCAUUCUAGUCAUGUCACCUGAUAGAGCAGGUUCCCAGAGUAAAGCUGAUGUUGAUAAGAUUCAAGGGUUAUUUAAACAAGCAAUUUAUUUACAAUUAAAAGAAAAUCACACAGAUGCUGAUAGUAUUUAUACAAAGCUGAUGGCCACAAUACCAAUUUUCCGAGAAAUAAAUGAAAAACACACACAAGCUCUGAGUAAAAUGAAAAUGGCAGCCCCUGAAGAAUUCAGUAAUUCGUUUCCAUCUUUACAUCAAGAAAUGUAUUCCCAGUGAUAACUUUAAUCAAAACAUUUUUCAAACUGACCAAUAUCAGAUAGUAAAAAAAAAACUUUUUAAAUCCGAAAUCCUCAUUUUCAUCCUCAAUGACAAUUUGAUUUAGAACAAAGACAUUUAUGAGAAUGGAUGGGGUAGUGCAAUGAAGUUGGUCAAUGAGUUCAGUGAGAAAUGAAUUGUUAUUAUUUGGUAGCUCAAAUCAUUCAUCAGAACAAUAUUAACUUUUAAUGAUUUAUCAGUAUUGUUGUUCAAAUUACUCAUACGUUCAAAACAAAUGAACUCAUAGUCAUUACAUUUUAUUGUUUACAAAGGCGUUGCCAGGGAAAUUUUGACAUGUUUUUACAUUUGUGUAUGUUUGCAAUUAUUGUUGUUGUUGUUAUUAUUAUUAUUAUUAAUAUUAUCACAAAAUCAUCUCCAUUCAAAUAAGUUAUUACGAUUGUUAGUUAGUUCAUCAGAAAGAUCAGUGAAUUCGGAAGAUUUUAAAAGAGAGUAAAAGAAUCAUCACUCUUCUAAAGAUCACAAGCCAUCUAAUUUAACUUUCUAUUGUAUAUCUCACUUUAUAUUUUUUAAUAAUAAUUGUUGUGUAAUUACUGUGGAUCACAAUUUAUGUCCCAUUAAUGUAUAUAAUGUAAAAAUCCGGUUUUAUUUAUCAUUAUUAGGCAGAUUUGUUUUUCAUCUUAUCCUUUAUUAUGCACCUUUUUAGCAUAAAAUUGAGCUCUACUUUAGUCAUUUAACAUGAAAUAAGAUGAGUUCUAAUUUAGUUGUUAUAUCAUAAACAUAAACUCUAAUUUAUUGGUUAAAUUUAAUCACGAAUUAAAAUAUUAAUAAAUUGUGUUUAAAUGUUGGGAACAAAUUCGUAUGGAGACCAAUUUAAUCUUACAAAUAUAUUCAAGUUUGUUAACAGAUUACUUAAUAUCAUGUAAUAGUAAUAGGUAAUUGGAUUAGUUGGACAUCAUUCAACUGACUUUCAUGAUGAAUAUUAUUCAUGGUUAUUUAUUCUAGUAAUAUUGAAUCUCAGCUCAUUGUGGUACUGUUAUUGUAAUGUUAUUAUUAAUAUCUAUUAGAAUUCCUAUUCUAGGAUUAUUGGUUUAGUAUUGUCUAUUUUAAUACAUUAAAUCUGUUAUAAAUUGAAAAAAUAAAAAAUUUUUACAAAA